UAAAUCACCCCUGACUGAGUUUGAAACCAAUGUGUAGCGACCUGCAGAGCAUAAAACUGACAGAAGACGAGAGAAGAGGAAAAUCCUUGACGGUGCAAACAGAUCUCUGCUGCUGUGAGAAACCACCUGUAGCUCCUUAAAGAUGGCCAUGAUGCUGAAGCCAUGGACAGUGCUGGUGGCUGUAGCGCUGUGUGUGCUAGUGUGUCUGGGAACACUGGCCGACGCCUAUCCCCCCAAACCCGAGAACCCCGGUGAUGAUGCCCCACCUGAGGAGCUGGCCAAGUACUACACCGCCUUGAGACACUACAUCAAUCUGAUCACAAGACAGAGGUAUGGAAAGCGUUCAGCUCAAGAGGAUAUGGUUGCAGAGCUCCUGUUUGGUGCAGACAGCAACAGAGACCAGAGAUCAAGAUAUGAUGAUUCCUACAUGUGGUGACUCCACCAUCCCUCUCCCUCUUCAUCUGGAAUUCCCUCUGUGUGUCCCACAAUCUGUGCCUCUGAUCUCCAAACCCUGAAUCUGACCCCAACCAAUGACCAUUACUGACCAGAAUACAAGCUUUCUCAGUUUCUCUUGUCACUGUCUCACAUCUCACUCAUUAGAACAUAUUUAUACAUCAUUUAUUAUUAAAAUAAAAUAUAUAUGAGAUUAGUGCUACUAAUCUGAAGAUUGAACUGUAUCUAUGUGUGUGAGCAUCAAUGUCCCCCUACUCUUGUUUUACUGUUCCUCCUGUAAAAUGUAACAUCAGAAUAAAUUAAUAAAACUCUUCUGUGUGAUUAAAAUUU